CGUUAUAAUAGUAGCCUACUGCCGAGGAGGCGUGUUAAUGAAUUUUGGACCUCCUCGGUUGCCCUCCUAGAUACCCUUUCCCCUCUCCACCCAAAUAGAUUUCUUUACUUUAACUUUUAUAAGUUUUUGUCAUUUUUUUAGUGCCUUUGCACCUACCGACACUGCAGUGCGCAGUACGGCAGGAUUUGCUUUUUUACUUCCUCUGCGACAUGUUCACGACCACCGGCUCACGGGGACUAUAUAAGGCCCCUGUGACUAAAGCACUGCUCAUCGUUCCCAGUGCUGUGGCCUUACUGUUGACUGUGGUUUUCACGCAGUACCAGGGUCUCUUCCUCAAUAACCUGCGUGCUGUCACACAGGACUAUCAGGUGUGGAGGCUUGUGUGUGGCAGGCUGGUCUGUUUGGACUUGAAGGACACGUUCUGCAGCUGCCUCCUCAUCUACAACUUCCGCAUUUUUGAAAGGCGAUACGGCAGCCGUAAAUUUGCUUCCUUUCUGCUGGGAACCUGGGUCCUCUCGGCGCUGGUGGACGUCCUGCUGGCUGAGGCCCUGUACCAUGUCUUUCAUCUGGGGGUGGAAGUCCUGCCAUCGGGACCGCUGGCCCCGGUCUUCGCCCUGUUCGUGCCUUUCUACCGCACCAUUCCGCGCGUGCCGGUCACGCAAGUGCUCGGCCACUUCUCCCUCACCAACAAGUCCCUGGUCUACGUGGUGGGCCUGCAGCUCUUAACGUCCAGCCCUCUCAUGUGGAUCGUUAGCCUGGGUGGACUGGUUUCCGGGCUGGUGUAUCACUGUAACCUGCUCAGAGUGCAGAGCCUGCUCUUCGUCCCGCGAUGGGUGGCGCGGUCCUCCUCUCGCCUCCUGCAGCCGUUGUUCUCGGGGGCGGAGCCUGUGCGUGACUCCGCCCUCGGCAUGGGAGCCACCCUGGACAUCCAGAGGCAGCAGCGGAUGGACCAGCUGGACCAGCAGAUCCUCCUCUCCCAGUUCACACAGAUGAGAAGGAACCGCCACCAGCAGGGCGGCCUGAUCAACUGGAACCGAUUCUUCCCCUCCAUCCGCCACCGAGGGAGAAACCGCCACCCCCCCGCCCAGCCCCAGCAGCCUGCGCAGCCAGUGCAGUCAGCGCAGCUAAUGCAGCCUGCGCAGCCCAACCCCAGCGAGCGCAGCCCUGUGUCUGAGGAGCAGGUUGCUAUGCUGAUGGAGAUGGGCUUCUCCAGGCUGGAUGCACUGGAGGCGCUGCGCGUGUCCAACAACGACCUCAACAUGGCCACCAACUUCCUGCUUCAGCACUGAGAGAGGGAGGGCAGGACUGGCGAAUAAACGCUCCCGCCCCGCCCCGCCCUUCCGCACCGCCCCCCUGUUCGAGCGGGGUGCCCGUCCACGCCGUGGGUUUGAGGAAAUAAUACCGCCUCCUUGUGAAAUUGAUCUGGCCCCGGGCAGGAUGUCCUGUGAGCGCGACGCUUAGCCUGCCGAUGACGAGCGCCGCAGUCCUGUCUUAAUGAGUACUGUGUGUAAACGGCCACGGCUGCUCCGCCUCUCUGAGAAGGCUGUGGAUGCUGUGGUUUGGGGAGCUCCAAUUGGCUAAUUACUGCCUGUCCAUCACUUGAACUCUGCUGGUUAAUUUUGUUUUGUUCGUUCCAGGAGGCUUCCCGAUUGGUCGCUUGAUUCAUGUGAUAUGAGCAGCUCUGGUGGAUCUUGGGAGUUUCUGAAAUCUCAGGGCUUGAUUCAGCUUUGCCUAAUGUGCACUAACACCCACCUGCCAUUACCCCAAACAAGCACACAUACACACACCACACACACACACAGGCACACAUACACACACGGGCACGCACACCCCACACACACACGUACACACACCCCACACACACAAGCGUACAUACACACACCACACACACACACAGGCACACACACACACACAGGCACGCACGCCCGCCCCACACACGCACACACGUACACACACCCCACACACACACACACACACACACACACACGCACACCGACACUGUCACACACACACACACACGUACACGCACACACACGCACACGCACGCGCACGCACACGCACACACACUCUCACACACACACACACACACACACACACACUGGUACACACACGCACAAACACACAGGCACACACACGUAUGUACACACAGAUAUGGAUUUAGACAUUAUAAACAGUGAUGUGGCAGAAAAUCUAAAGCAGUCAGAGGUAGAAGUGAGAGGUAGAAAUUCCAUUCUGGGGUGGAAUGUUUGUUGCUGCUGUGUUUUGCAAAAUAAAAAUUGCACAAAAUUUCUUAUGCUUAUGUCAAAACAGUUCUUUAUUUUUCUCAGUUUUGCUUUUUUUGCUUUAAUUACAUAUGCAAUUUGUUUUUUUUUUUUAGAUUAUUAAUAGUGUCAAAGGUACAUGAAGUGUUUUAAUUUCAUUACAGAUAUGUUGCUGGACAUUCAUGUGCUUACCAUAGAAAAGUAAGUACAUAUGUCAGGUUAACAGGAGAGUGGAUGAAAGGGAAGACUGUAAUAUGUGGAAUGUGUAUAUAUGAUAUAAUGGACUGAGAAUAUGAUUUGUAUGUACAUUAUUUCUGCUUUGCAGAAUGUGAGGGUCUUCUGUUUGAUUUAAUGGCUUAAGUUCACUGAGGAAUAAAAAAAUUGACAUAUUAUCGGGAA